AUGUUGGCAUUGCAGAGCAAAUUUGCAGCGCUCGUUUGCAUUUCGUUGCUUGUGCUGCUGAUUGGCACUCACCAAGUAGCAGCGGCAGGCAAUCACCGUCCGGGUGACGGCGGCGAUCUCGCAGGUGCCGGGCGAAGACACAUGCAAGAAGAGCACGGCGCGCGAGGAGCGAGUCUGACAGUGGAAGAGCUGGUUCGUGUGCACGACUCGGACGGCGACGGAAGGCUCAACCGCGCGGAGAUGGCGCACAUCAUUGCAUCGCAGAUCAGCGGGCAAAUCAAGAACAACCCGGCUCACGUGGAUGCCCUCGUAGCACACAUGUGGAAGGAGGUCGAUGCCAAUGGCGACGGCUUCAUUUCGCUCGCCGAACUGCGCGAGAACGAGGCGGCUCACUACCAAGGCCGGCGUCGUGAUUCAGAGCUGUGA